AUGCUUGAGUUUUCCCUAAACCUUAUUUCAUUUGUGCUUAUUCUCAAUGUGUCGAAUGCUGCUAACCCAACAUAUGUGAAACCAUUAUUUACAGAGCAUCCACAAGACACGUUUGUGUUCCGAAAUUCGCCUCUCACACUACGAUGUCGAGCUGAUGGUCAUCCAACACCUUCUUUAACUUGGUACAAAGAUAAUGACAUUGUUCUUUCUCAUAGAGAAAGACCUGGGACUUCUACCAUCAUUAUAAAAUCAGGAGAAUUGUCUAUAUUGUCAUUUGACUCUCACAAUGAGGGAAAGUAUUAUUGUAAGGCUUCAAAUAACGCCGGAUCAGCUGUAUCGUCCUCUGCACUUGUGAAAAUGGCUUAUUCUGAUAACCGAUUAUUUGGCCCAGAAAGCAAAAUAGUUAGUGUUGGCGAAACUGCAGUGCUAAUUUGUCGAAGCUCAAGUGGCCUUCUAAAACCCGAGGUUGAGUGGUACAAGAAUAAAAAGAAGCUUCAGUUUGAUCAGAGAAUACAAAUAAUGGAUGUAGGUGAUUUACGCAUUGACAAUGUCGGCCUAAGAGACCAAGGUACCUAUAAAUGUAUUGUUUACAAUAUGCCUGGGGAACGGUCAAGCAAUGAAGCAGUACUUACAGUUAGACAAAAGCCACAGUUUGAAGCAACUCCACAAAACAAGCAGGUGAGAGUUGGUGAGCUGGCCCGUUUCAUGUGUCGCGUUGCCGGAGACCCCAAACAAACGAUAAUAUGGAAAAGAGAAGAUGGAAUUGCAAUGCCCGUAAAUAGGAGCAAGCUACUUGGUGACAAAAGUCUAGAAAUUCACGAUAUUAAAUCAAUUGAUGCAGGAAACUAUGUGUGCAUGGCAAACAACUCGGCUGGUCGCGUCGAAGCUGUAGCUAGACUUGACGUUAUUUCGCCCCCUAAUUUCAGAAUUACUCCGGAGGAUCAAUUUGUUGAACUCAAUGAUACAGCAGCAUUUGAAUGCCAGGCAGCUGGGUCUCCGCGUCCUGAAGUCCGUUGGAUUCAUAAUAAUCGCUCAUAUCUUGCCUCAGAUCGUUCUGAUUCAAUUUAUGGAACUUCAAAUCGUAUUCAAGUCUACUCUGAUGGAAGACUUGUUAUACAUCCGGUCAGAAAAACCGAUGAGGGCUUAUAUGAAUGUGUGGCUUCGCAUUAUGAUGGGAGUAUUAAAUCUUCCGCAUGUCUUCGUGUUCGAGAGCCUAGCCGCAUAGCCUUGCCCCUAAUAGAAAUUGGCCCUCAGAAUCAAACUCAGGUCAAAGGCUCUGUUGCAAAUUUUAUUUGCAAGGCUUUGGUUACACGUAUAUCAAGACAGGCAAUUAGAUGUGGUACGGAGCAAAUGUUGGAUGAUUACCCCAAAGUAAUCAUAGAGUGGUUCAUCAAUGGCGUAUCUGGGCCGUCUCCAGACAAUCCAAGGAUCGUCAAACUUUCUUUGGAGACACUCCAAAUAAACUCACUUAGCUUGGAGGACACAGGA